GUAAGCUUUUAAAAAAAGAUGUGGCCUAAAACAAAUAAAGCCAAACCCCCCUGCACCCACUUGCAUGUUAACAGCGCCACCAACGGGAUGAGGAAGAGAAUCCAGUAAAAGCUUCACAGGGGAUCUAAUCACCAUGAAAUAAUAAAAAUAAAAUAAAAUAAAAGCAUUGAGAGACCCUCCACGCACGAGAAACUGCCCACAGAAAAAAGGAAGGAUAGAGAUCAGAGAGAGGGAGAAAUAGAGACGAGGAAGAAAGAGGGGAGGCUCCCUUGAGCUCAGUAACCACACCGUCUCUUCUUCUGUUCUCCAUUCUCUCUAGAGAUAGAGAGAAAAAAAGGAGCCACCUUUGAGGUAAAAAGCCCUUCUUUUCUCCAUUCCCUCGAGAAGAUUCCAUCAAUCCUCUUCCUGGAUUGCUUCCAGUCCGUAUGAAGCCUUUUUGGCCAUGGAGACGCCGGCGGAGGAGCUCUUGAAGAAGGUCCAAGAGCUGGAGGUGGGGCACGCGCUGUUGAAGCAGGAGAUGUCGAAGCUGAUGCCGGGGGAGGGCGCCGCCGCCGGGGGUGGCGGCGGGGGGGACCGCCGGCGGUCCCACUCGGUGUCGCCGCAGCGCUCGGGGGUGACGCCGUCGAGGCGGCGGAGCGAGUGGAAUGACCGACGGUCGUGGCGGCGCGGGUCGACUUCGUCGGGGCACUUGUCGAGGUUGCAACGAGAGAGCCGGGAGCCCGGCGACGCCCCGAAGGGAGGAGGGCGUGGGGUGCCGCAGGCCGGCUUCGGGUUGUCCGAAAGGCAGUACCUGAAUGUAUUGCAGUCAAUGGGGCAGUCGGUGCAUAUUUUCAAUCUUGAAGGCCGGAUAAUCUACUGGAACCGGUCUGCAGAACUUCUUUAUGGUUAUCCUGCAUCAGAAGCCAUUGGUCAGGAUGCCAUUGAGCUACUGGUUGAUGCCUGUGAUUUCAACAUUGCAAGCAACAUAAUCCAACGUGUAACCAUGGGAGAGAGCUGGACAGGCAAAUUUCCUGUCAAGAACAAGUCAGGAGAGCGGUUUUUAGCUAUUGUCACAAACACACCUUUUUAUGAUGAUGAUGGUAGUCUGGUUGGCAUCAUUUGUGUGUCAAGUGAUUCACGGUGCUUUCAGGAGAUGGCAUCCCCUCCAAGCUGUACAAAGCCCCAAUCAGCUGCCUGGAGUACGCCCAGUCGGACUAGAAUCAGUUCAACAUGUAAAGGCAAUUCUGAUUCUCCACAGCCUCUUCAGGUUGCUAUUGCAUCCAAAAUAACCAGUCUUGCUACUAAGGUCACAAACAAAGUUCGUUCUCGGAUAAGGACGGGUGAAAGCAGUAUGGAACGUGAAUGUGCAGGUGGAGAUAGCCAAUAUUCUGACCAUGAUGCUGUUUCAUCAGAUCACAAGGAGGAUGCUACCCCAAGUGGAGCUAGCUCACCAAGAGGUGACAUACCACCUUAUACCUUAUGUACAUCCUCUUCUGCAGCCACGGAGGAAAAAUCUCCAGGAAAAGCGUCUAAAGGUAAUAAUGAAGACGUUGAAGGAAAGACUGGGUUUCACAAGAUCAUAAGCUCGAAGGCAGAGGCAUUGUUAGCUAAGAAAGGGAUAUCAUGGCCCUGGAAAGGGCAUGAGCAUGAUGAUGCAGAUGUGAAGAAUCAGUUUGUCUGGCCAUGGGUGCAUGGUGAUCAGGAAAAUAGCUUGACUUAUCAAAGGGCUUCUGAAGCUAGUGUAAAGCCAGAAAGCCAAGGGACCGAAAGCAACAGAACAGGCAAUAAUGAAGCUUCAGGAUCCGGGUCCUCUUUGAAUGCUAACAGUACAAGUAGUGUUAGCAGCAGUGGAAGCACCAAUAGCAGUGCUAUUCACAAGGCGGAUAUGGAUACUGACUGCUUAGACUAUGAAAUCUUAUGGGAAGACCUCACAAUUGGAGAGCAAAUAGGUCAAGGUUCUUGUGGAACUGUAUAUCAUGCUCUGUGGUAUGGCUCGGAUGUGGCUGUUAAAGUAUUCUCAAAGCAGGAAUAUUCUGAUGAAGUCAUACUUUCCUUCAGACAAGAGGUAUCGCUGAUGAAGAGGCUAAGGCAUCCAAAUAUACUACUCUUUAUGGGUGCAGUUACUUCUCCUCAGAGACUAUGCAUUGUGACAGAGUUCCUUCCACGUGGGAGUUUGUUUCGGUUGCUUCAAAGAAACACCACAAGAUUGGAUUGGAGACGGCGCAUUCACAUGGCUUUAGAUAUUGCAAGGGGCAUGAAUUAUCUUCACCAUUGCAACCCACCUAUCAUUCAUCGUGAUUUGAAGUCAUCAAAUCUGUUAGUUGAUAAGAAUUGGACUGUAAAGGUUGGGGAUUUUGGUCUUUCACGUCUGAAGCAUGACACAUAUCUGACAACCAAAAAUGGGAAAGGAACGCCACAAUGGAUGGCUCCAGAAGUUCUACGAAAUGAGCCUUCAGAUGAAAAGUCUGAUGUGUAUAGCUAUGGGGUAAUACUAUGGGAACUUGUCACCGAGAAGAUUCCUUGGGAUAAUCUCAAUUCAAUGCAGAUCAUUGGAGCAGUAGGUUUUAUGAACCAGAGGUUGGAGCUCCCAAAAGACCUGGAUCCACAGUGGGUGUCAAUUAUUGAGAGUUGUUGGCAUAGUGAACCGAAUUUGCGGCCAAGUUUCCAGCAGCUGCUGGAAAGAUUUAGAGAUUUGCAGAAGCAGUAUGUUGUCCAAUCUCAAGUGCAACGCUCUGUAACUAGCAACACUUCCCAGGGUAAUGCACAAGUGAGUGUUCAGGAAUGAGGUUAUCAAAUGCAAAGAUUUAUUUGCCAGUCCAUGCAUCAGCCAUGGAUCUAAUGAGAAGCAUUGAGCUACAGAUCCUAUGAGCCCUGCAGGACUGUAUUCAUUAGAGAGCACAGCUUAGCUGUGUACAUUCUAAUCAAGCAGCACGCAGCUCAGUGACUGCAAAAUUGCUGUGCCAGCCUGCCACCUUUUGGGCCAAAAAUUAAUCAGCCAAUUGCAAAAUUGCCUUGGAUCAUCCAUAACACAAGCUCAGGUUUUUUUUUUCUUAUCAUCGCAUAAGUUGUGCCUCAGGCUUGUGAGUUUUGAUGGUCGGGCUGCUUGUAAAGAAGAUUCAUCAGGGCCUUAAAUAUUGUAUUAUAACAGACUACAACCUUUUUUUAUUAUCUUUUCUUUCCUCUAAGAAUUUGUCAUGAGGAAAAA